UAAGUGUAUAAUCUAUGGUACUGACUCUAGAUUUGAGAAUUUUGAGUCGAGGCUUUAAACGUUUUAAAAAGUCUUGUAGGUAUAUAAAUACAUUAAUGUAUUACUUUUACAGUUUUUUUGAACAUUAGUAACAUGGAUUACGAUUAUCUUAUAAAAUUGCUGUGUGUCGGGGAUUCAGGAGUAGGAAAAACUAGUUUUUUAUACAAGUACACCGAUGGGGUGUUUCAUACACAGUUCAUAUCAACAGUUGGAAUUGAUUUCAGGGAAAAAACUGUGAUUUAUCAGCAAAACGGAAGGCAGCAUCGCAUACAUCUACAGCUUUGGGAUACUGCAGGCCAAGAAAGGUUUAGAAGUUUAACAACAGCCUUUUACAGAGAUGCCAUGGGUUUUCUAUUACUGUUUGACUUGACCAAUGAGGCUUCAUUUCUUGAAGUACGCAAUUGGAUUGAACAAUUGAAGACACACAGCUUAAGUGAUGAUCCAGAUAUCGUCCUUUGUGGCCACAAGUGUGACUUGCAAGAGAAAAGGCUCGUGAACCAGAAUCGUGCCAGAGAAUUUGCCAAGAACCACAACUUGGCAUAUUUAGAAACUAGUGCCAAAACAGGACAAAAUAUUGAUAGAGCAAUAGAUAUAUUGCUAGAUAGAGUUAUGUAUAGAAUGGAGCAUUCUGUGGAAUACGCUAUGCUUUGUGCGUCAGGACGUCGCCGGCAAUCUCUACAGAAACUACAAGCCAGACAGGAGAGAAAAAUAUGCACAUGCUAGAAUUUAUUAUCUGUGAUUUCUAUACACAUACUUGAAAAUUUUUAACUAAACAUUUUGAUCUCAAACAUAACUUGUUACAUUAUGUUAUUGUAAUUUUAAUAUCAGCAUGAUAGUAUAUAAGUGGCCUGCAUUUUAAAAAGACUGAUUUUCGUUCUACGUGUUUUAUUGGUUUAUGGAUUUCGAAUUUCUCCAUCGUUGCUAAAUGGAAUGAGUAAAACGAAAAUCAAAACUGCCAUCAAAAGUACAGGGUACAAACAAAAAUCUAGUCAUAUCUUGUAUACACUACAAGUUAUUAUUAUUUGUGAAAGGAAAUGCGAAUAAAAAUAACCUUUAAUGAUUCUUAAUAAUGUACUAGUCAUUAACAAUAAGAUUGAAAGAACUGAUUUUCAUAAAGAAAAAUAAAAUGUGUUAGAUGCAAAGAGGACUGAAUUAUAACUACCUACACAAAAAACUUAUGAAUUCGAAUGAGAUUCGUAGAAAAUGUUUAUUUAACAUGGCCUCUAACAUGGACUCUAUUUAAUUGAGAAAUGAAUGUAAAACUGGUGGAGGUAGUUAUGAAAUAAUACGACAGCUUGCAUUGCGGCUUAUGACGUCAACGCCACUAAAUAGCAAAAAAAUGUGUAUCGACGCUUGAAAGGCAAACGUGACUAAGCGACAAUAACUGCUUUGUACAUAAAUGAUUGGCAAUAUAUUCGAAGCGCAAAAAAUAUAUAUUUCUAGGUCUAUUAAAAUCAUUUCAAUCCUACAGCUAGAUUCGUUAAAAUAUUUUUUUUUCAGGUAUUUCAUCUUUAAAUUAGUCUACUGUAAAGUUCACGCAUUGUCGCUUAGUCACGUUUGCCUUUCAAGCGUCAGUAUCUAAUAUGUAAAGCUUUAUUCUUUUAGCAUAUUUGAAAAUAAUAAUUGCUAAAUUAUUUAAAAACUAAUUUCAGUAUUCUAUUCAUUAAAAUACAGUCUACAAAACGUAAAUAUUUUAUAAUAUAUACGAAAUAUGUUACUUAUGGACCGUAUUGUGGACCUGUACGGGUUGAUGCCACCACAUGUCAUAUUUCUGCCACGAAGCCGUCAUACGAUUCGAAGAGAGGGACAGCCAUUAUACAAUUCAAUUGAGACUUCGGUCACCCAUCCUAAGACAUGCUUAAGAUGGGUGACCGCGAUUUGUGUGAUGUCCAACAUGAAUUGUGCGUUCAGUAUGUUCAUCAAUUGAAUAGCAAAACUAGUCUAGAAACACUGCAAACUAUACGAGUUUGUUUGAACAUUUCAUGUAUAAUUGUAACCACAUCUGCGUCGACCUAAAAAUUAAACAAAUGACGUUUGUACUACUGCUCGUCUUAAAGCUUAACGUAAAGCUCAAAACAAAACGCAAUGAAGGGGCCAUAAUAAAUUAAAGAUAUUUAAAAAAAGGAACUAGCAAUAAAUUGUUUUAAAAAUAUUGUUUUAAGCUAACCCAGCAAUGUAAAGCAAAUUAAUAAAUAUUUAUAGAUUUAUUAUACGACUUUUUAAAAAUAAGGGAAAUAAAUUAAUGUCUGUUAUUAUUCAAAUCAUUUAUAACAAAUAAACACGAGAUUAUGAAACGCUUUAGCACAAAUUGAAUGUAUUUAUUCUUAUGUUAAUUAUUAAAUUAAAUAAAAAUAUAUAUUAGAAUGGUUGAAAUGUCCAUAUAAGACAUUUGCGAUUAUGAAUUUCUUGGAUUCCGCAAAAAUUUUGCUGUUACAGUUUAUUCAAUGUUACUAGUUUUUAAAAUGAUUGCUGAGGAAUUAUAUAUGAAGAAAUAUCAGUAUUAUUUCCUUGUAAUAUUAAGAAAAUAAAUAAUUUUAAGUUCCAAUAAAAUAAAUCCUGAUAUGAUCAAAAUUUUAAAAUAAAACAAAAGUAUGUCAUUGUCGAUAUGGUACAAUGCAGUCAUUUGUUUGGCGAUUUCGUUCAAGAAGUAUUCCAUUAAGAAACAAUUCGCUUUUAUUCAGAAAUUACUAAUUACACCUGUGGUAAUGUCACUUAUUUAAAAGAAAAGAUGGGUUUUAUAUUUCUGAUUCUGCUAAUGUCGAAACAUGACCGCUGUACAUAUCUAAGUGCAACAAACAACUUUUAUGUCAAUAUCCAAUACUUAUUUCGGAUAAAAUUGACUUUUAAUAAAUAUUAAAAAACAAACACUAAAUUUGACCAAACAAACGUUUUUAACAUAUAGGUAAUAAUAUUUUCAAUUUAAGUCAAUUUAUAUUAAAUUUGAUGUUUCUGUCUAUUAAAAUCGAGUAUAAAAAUAA